AUGAGAAAACAAACUGAAAUCUAUGCUCACAAUCAUCGCACGCGGCAUAGGCGGCAGGGCGCAGGCCUUUUUCUCUCGGCAUCGUAUGUAAUUCCCGGGGGAGAAGGCGCUGGUGCGUGGGGGGAAUGGGGAGACAUCUCCCCUUGCUCCAGAACAUGUGGCGGCGGUGUUGCCAGUCAAAAGAGAAUUUGCUUAGAAGUUGGGUCAGACGGCCGGCCAUUGUGCUCCGGCGGAGACACCAAGUACUUCUCAUGUCAGACACAAGACUGUCCUGAAGGAGCGGGGGACUUCCGAUCUGAGCAAUGCGCAGAGUACGACACUCAAUUGUUCAAAGGGAACCGUUACAAUUGGGUUCCAUACACAAGAGCAUCGAACCCAUGUGAACUAAACUGUAUGCCACGAGGCGAACGGUUUUACUAUCGUCACAAAUUGAAGGUAGUCGACGGUACACGAUGUAACGAAGAAUCAUUUGACGUCUGUGUCGAUGGAACUUGUCAGUCGGUUGGCUGUGACAUGAUGUUGGGUUCAAAUGCAAAAGAAGACAAAUGUCGACAGUGUCGUGGUAAUGGUACAAACUGCUACACCUCCACUGGAGUCAUUGAUUCACAGGAUCUUAGGAAAGGCUACAAUGAUGUCCUAUUAAUACCACAAGGUGCAACAAACAUCGUUAUCUCGGAAGUCAGGUCUUCCAAUAACUAUUUAGCACUUCGAGCUCAGCAGGACAACGUCUACUAUUUGAAUGGAGACUACCACAUCGACUUCCCUCGAAGCUUGCCCAUCGCUGGCUCUCUGUGGUACUACGAAAGAAGUCAGCAGGGAUUUGCAGCACCGGAUAAGCUCCGCUCUUUGGGGCCAACAACUGAACCUCUUUAUCUAUCGCUUCUCCUACAAGAGGACAAUGUGGGUAUAUCAUAUGAGUACAGUAUACCUUCAGCCCAAGCGCCGCCUCCUAAUCAGCAAUAUAAUUGGGUUCACGAGGAGUUCAGCGCUUGUAGUGCUACAUGUGGUGGAGGUACUCAAACGCGCGAAGUGACGUGCCGAUCACGCGAGGAGUUGGAAGUUGUUGAAGAUAGUUUAUGUGACAAAGGGCUUAGGCCUCCCACUACUGAGACCUGUAAUACUGACCCAUGCCCUCCUCAUUGGGUCGAAGGGCCAUGGAGUCCCUGCUCCAAGCCUUGCGGUGAAGGUGGCUCCAGAUCCCGACAAGUACAUUGCGAGAAAGUUAUUUCUCAAGGGAUUGCAUCGAUCGCGGCGGAUAAAGAAUGCUUCGAUCUUCUGGGCCCAAAACCUGAACUGUACCAAGAAUGUAAUCAGAAUGCCUCGUGUCCCACGUGGUUCACUGGACCCUGGAGACCUUGCGACAAAUUGUGUGGUGAAGGGAAACAGCUUCGUCAAGUAGUAUGUCAUCAAAGAAUCAAUGGCCGUGUUGUAUUGUACGGCGAUGAAGAGUGCGCUGAUAAGAAGCCUCCAACCGAACAGGCCUGCAUGCUACAUCCAUGCGAGGGGGUCGACUGGGUGCUUAGCGAUUGGACUGGGUGCGACACAUGCACUUCGAAAGUACGCGCGCGGACAGUGCAAUGCGCUACCAAGGACUUCAAAAUUGUCAACUCGAGUCUUUGCGACUACCACCCACUGCCGGUCUUGGAAGAACCCUGCGAUCCCAACAAGCUUCCUGCUUGUGACGUACUGUGGUAUGCGACACAGUGGAGCAAAUGCUCCGUGGAAUGCGGUAAUGGUAUACAAACACGGCGUGUGUUCUGUGGGCGAUUCGAUGGUGCUGGUGUGACCGUGGUGGACGAUGAGCGAUGUGACGCCAAGACUAAAUACAACGAUACUAAGGAGUGCGUGGUGCCAAAGGAAAAGUGCCCCGCCAAAUGGUUCGCCGGACCUUGGACAGAAUGUACCAAGAAAUGUGGUGGUGGGGAGCAGUACCGUCGUGUCAAAUGCAUGAGCGGUGAAGAGAUUUCAGCCUACUGCGAUCCAGAGACUGUUCUCGACUCUGCACAGGCUUGUAAUUCGCAGUCUUGCAACGAAGAUGACUUGAUACCAGAAAAUGCCAACUCCAGGCCCAUAGUGGACGACGAUUCCGACUACACAGACUGUGAAGAAGAUGAUUAUCCAGAAGAAGGAGCUGAAGAGGAAGCUCUGGAAGACAUCUCUUCCAAAGAUUUACACUUUACACUUGUGCCACCUGGUGCAUUUUAUUUUGGUAAAGAUGCUUCUACGGAAGGUUCAGCCUCCGAAUCAGAUUGGAUCGACAACGACACUCCAUUCACGACCGAAUCAUCCGAUGGCACCAGUGACACGGAUCUGACCGAGAGCGGUUCAGGAUUUGAUGAAUUAUUUAUAUCAUCGUCAACAACGGAUUCCACUGACAGCAGCUCUACAGGUACCACAGAGUACACAGAAACCCCAGAAAGUACCACUGGCAUUGCAAAUGAAACAAUAUCUACUGAAAGUAGUGACACAUCCAGCGUAACUGAAGGAAGCACGGAAUCUCUGUCAACAGAAGACACACAGAGUACAACAGAGUCAUCCUCUGAUACUACAGAGUUUGAAAGCACAUUCGUAGCAACAGAUGCAACUGAAACACCUGAAAGUACGACCGGCCUUGUAACUGAAACAACUUCAUUGAUAACUGAAACAGGUUCUACAGAAGUUACUUCCACGCCUAGUGAAACCGAAGGAAGCACAGACGCAUCUACAAUUGCAGAAACUUCAAUAACAUCAGAAUCCACAUCUGUAGACACAGAUAGCACGAUAGUAGAUUCCACAAAUACUGAAACCACUGAAUCGAUUAUCACAGAAAGUACUGACUCAACAGUUUCUGAAUCAGUUGGAACUACAGAGAGUACAGCAACAGAGACUACAGCAACAGAGACUACGGACGCUGCCACCGAAAGCACGGUUUCAGAACCCUCAUCUUCAACUGAGGCAACAGAAGCUUCAGAUAGUACAAUAGCAUCUGGCUCUACAGAAACUGUGGUAACAGAGUCAUCAACUGAAACAACAGAACAUACUAUAACAGAUACAACACUUGAAUCUGAAAGUACUCUAUCUACUGAAGCGGCAGAAAUUUCCUCUACAGCAGGAAGUAGUACAGACAUAACAACUGAAUCUGAUGGGACCGACUCUGAUACAACCGAAUCUUAUACAACCGAAUCUGUUACGACCGAAUCUGAUACGACCGACUCUGAUACUACAGAGGUAUCCAGUACAAAUGCUGAGAUAACCUCUGAAACGGGAACAACUGACGUCGACACCUCUAGUACUACAGCAGAUGAAACGGAAGGAACUGAUAGUACAGAGUCAUCUUCCAUAGUAUCCGACUCGACUGAUACAACGGUAGAAACUGAACCAACUGAAACGGGCACUACUGAAAGUAUGGUCACUGAAAGUGGAAGUACGUUUACGACAGGAUUGUUCACUUCUGAAACCACAACUGAAGGUGUUUCAACAAGUGUAACGGAAGAAAUAACGCUUAGUUCCGGAGACACAACACUUUGGGAUUGGUCUACAACUGUCGAGUUAUACACGAAGAAGCCCAAAUGUAGACCAAGGAAGACUGCAAAAUGUGUUAAGAGCAAGUUUGGAUGCUGUCCUGAUAAGAGAACUCCUGCGGCCGGGCCAUUUGACGAAGGUUGCCCCAACCCAAAAACUUGCAAGGAAACGAAAUUUGGAUGCUGUCCUGAUGGCGUGUCACCAGCUGGGAGCAUGACGGGCAAGGGCUGCCCAGUGAUUUCGUGUGAAUUAACUUUGUAUGGAUGUUGUUCAUCCGAUAAUGUUACCGCAGCUUUAGGGAAUGACCAAGAAGGGUGUCCUCCACCUCCACCAGCCUGUAAACUAUCUAAAUUUGGGUGCUGUGAUGAUAAUGAAACCAAAGCGAGUGGACUAAAUAAGGAAGGUUGCACGGAAACAGCUACGGAAACCUCGACACUGACUACGCUUGAAUCAUGCAACGACACUGAAUUCGGAUGUUGUUAUGACAAUGAAACUGAUGCCUCAGGACCAAAUGGAGAGGGCUGUCCAUGCAGCAUCAGUGAAUUCGGAUGCUGCCCUGAUGGUAUUUCGACUGCUCAAGGACCAGACCUAGAAGGAUGUGCCAUGUCCUGUGACACAUCAGCUUACGGCUGCUGUCCUGACGGUGAGACUCCAGCGCACGGACCUCAGAAUGAAGGUUGUUGUUUGCAAUCCGCAUUCGGCUGCUGCCCCGACAAUUAUAAGCCCGCUGAAGGACCGCACCUCGAAGGCUGUGGCUGUAAGUUUGCCCAAUUUGGAUGUUGUCCAGAUAAUGUAACAAUUGCUCGUGGAGGAAACAACGAAGGAUGUGGAUGUCAGUACACUCAGCAUGGUUGCUGUCCCGACAGACAUACUGCAGCCAGUGGGCCAAACUUUGAAGGAUGUGGUUGCCACACGUACCAGUUCGGUUGUUGUCCCGAUGGUAUUACCGCUUCCACUGGACCAAACUUGCAAGGUUGUUUGUGCCAACAAUCUAAAUAUGGUUGCUGUGGAGAUGACGUCACAGAGGCUAAGGGACCAAAUAAGGAGGGAUGUGAUUGCUCUAGUAGCAAAUACGGAUGCUGCCCUGAUGGUGUAACGGAAGCUGGUGGCGAAAAGUUCAAAAAUUGUACAGAUGCACCUGAAAAUAGACAAGCGGCAUGCGCUUUAGCGAAUGACCGAGGUGUAGGCCACAACUAUUCAGUUUAUUGGUUUUAUGAUAUGACAUAUGGUGGUUGUUCGAGAUUCUGGUACGGAGGAGAGGACGGCAAUGGAAACCGAUUUGCAAGUAAAGAGGAAUGUAUGGCCGUUUGCGUUAACCCGACUCCUAAAGACGCUUGCAACCUCCCCAAAGUAAAGGGUGCGUGUACUGGUUACCACGUAAAAUGGUACUACGACUCCGUCAGAGAACAAUGUGCUCAGUUCGUAUAUGGAGGAUGUCUUGGAAACGAUAAUAACUUUGAAUCUCGGGAGCUUUGUCAAAAGAGCUGUGAACCAGAAAAAACUGAAGAUCAAUGCAAUCUGUCGAUUGAGCGAGGUACCUGUGCUGGUAAUUUCUUGCGCUGGGGCUACGACUCUGCCAAACACCGCUGCUCUCAAUUCAUUUGGGGAGGCUGCGAGGGCAACAAUAACCGAUUCGGCUCUGAAGCCGCGUGUAUGCAGCGGUGCAACCCUCCUGGCUCGUUACAAGCGGAAUGCAUUCUUCCACAAGAGGCAGGCAACUGCACUGAAAAGCGGCCGGUCUGGUCUUUCAGCCAGACUGAGAAUCGAUGUGUGCCCUUCUAUUACACGGGCUGUGGAGGCAACGAUAAUCAGUUCGGCAGUGAACAAGAUUGUGUUGAUGCUUGUCCUAGCACCUUCGUCCAAGAAGUUUGCACAUUGCCGGCAUUAACUGGUGAAUGUGCAGAUUACACACAGAGAUGGUUCUACGACACAUCAAAGAGAAGAUGUCGCCAAUUCUAUUACGGAGGAUGUGGUGGAAAUGAAAACAACUUUAUAAGCGAACGCCAAUGUGAAGAUCGUUGCUCGGAACAAGUCGUUGUUACAACAUUAGCACCUAUCACUACAUCACAAACGUCUGAAUUCUGUUUCCUGGGAUUGGAUCCUGGCCCAUGCACACAAUUUGAAGAACGUUGGGGAUAUGACCCGUCACUCGGGUCUUGUGUACAGUUCCAGUACGGAGGUUGUGGUGGUAAUAGAGAUAACUUCCCAUCUAAAGAGCUCUGCCAACAUUACUGCUCCCCAGUACAAGAUACUUGCCAGUUGCCGAUGAUAACUGGACCGUGUGAGGACUCCCAUAUGCAAUGGUUCUACGAUGCUACAACUGACUCUUGCACACAGUUUGCUUACAGUGGAUGUGGAGGAAAUGAGAAUCGGUUUGGAAGUCGUGAAGAAUGUGAACAUCGUUGCAAGACUGGUCCACCCUCUGUCAGUACUACGACUAUCGCACCGGCGGUCGUAUCAAUAGAGUGUCGAGUCUCUCCGACAUUAGAGGAAUGUGAAGGGGCAGGGGAAGUAUGGUAUUUCGAUGACACCCUACGAGCUUGUGUCUCCCACCAAAACGCUGACUUGGGUCGUUCCUGCAGGGUAACUGCGGUAUAUAUUACUCAAGAGGAAUGUGAGAGGAUCUGUGGUGCAUUCCAGGGUGUUGAUGUAUGCCGCUCAGUGUUGGAUCCAGGACCAUGUCACGACGCAGUCCCUAAAGUUUUCUACAACGCAACAAAUGACCAAUGUGAGCCUUUCACCUACAGCGGUUGCCUCGGAGGUCCCAAUCGCUUCGCUGACUACGAUGAGUGCGAGUCAGUUUGCAGACCAUUAUCAAAUCCAUGCAAGCAGGAACCAGAUCCAGGUAACUGCUUAGGCGAAUUCAGCAAAUGGUACUACAGUGAACGGGAAGACAUAUGUCGAGAGUUUAUUUACGGAGGAUGUAAUGGAAACGAUAAUAGGUUUGAAUCUCAAGCGGAAUGUGAGAACCGUUGCCGUGUGAUCAAAGAUGCAACCACUAAAGGACCUUCACCUCUUACUACUCCUUCAUCAACUGGUGAGUGUCGUACUCCCAUUUCUAUUCAGCCGUGUGGUCCAAACGUGACCACGUAUUAUUACGACUCCAGAACAGAGGCCUGUGUUGUUGGUGAUUUUGGCGCUUGCGGAUAUGCUAACAGUUACCGCUCCGAAGAGGAAUGUGAAAGGCGAUGCGGUGCUUUCAAAGGACUUGGAGACGUCUGCAAUUACCGCUUCGAUACUGGCCCAUGUAUUCACGAAAUAGAGAAGUUCUAUUGGGAUGCGGCAUCGGAACGUUGUGUUCCAUUCAAAUAUGGCGGUUGUGAUGGCAGCCCUAACCGCUUUUCUACCUACGAGGAGUGCCAGGAGAUUUGCGGCCAAACCAAACCUGACGAGUGCCUGCAGCCGGUGUCGACGGGCGAAGCUUGCAAGGCGGGGGCUACUCGCCGUUGGUUCUAUAGCCAGACCACCGGAGACUGCCUCAUCUUUAUCUACCUGGGCUGUGGGGGAACAACCAACAACUUCCGCUCCUUCCAGGAAUGUAGCGAGCGCUGUAACCGGCCGACAUCUGGCCCUAACUGUGACGAGUAUGAUGCGGAGUGCGAAGCAUUGAAUUGCCCUUACGGUGUUCAAAGGAAUGUCGAAGGAAACGGUUGUACACGGUGUCAAUGCCUGGAUCACCCUUGUGCUAGCAAAGUCUGCCCGUCGGGACAACGCUGUGCCGUCACUGGAUCUUACAGGGACCCGAUAACACAAAACAUCCACUACACGGUCGACUGUAGACUCGCAAUCAAAGCGGGAUCGUGUCCAGUGACAGAAUAUCCAAUAACAACAGAAAGCCAGUGCCGACGUGAAUGUAAUGACGAUGCGGACUGUUCGUCGGAUCACAAGUGCUGCGAACAUGGAUGUAGCCAUCUCUGCUUGCCGCCUGCUGCCGGACUGCUAAGCACCACGACAUAUAGCCCUGAAUCACAAACGCUGCCAGAAGCUCCACGCGCGAACUUAAAUGAAACGGAACCUGAUGUGCGAGCAACUGAGGGUGGCAGAGCGACAUUGAGAUGCCUUUUCCACGGCAAUCCGCCUCCUAAGAUCACUUGGCGACGAGGAGAGAUCACGAUUACUGGAGAUGUCGAUCGCUAUCACUUGAAGUCUGAUGGUGCUCUCGAAAUAGUUUCUCUGUACCGUAAUGACUCUGGAGUUUACAUCUGUAUCGCCCAGAACAGUUUGGGUACAGCCACACAAGAGGUUAACCUGCAAGUUGAAGAUAGCAACGAAAUAAUUCCGCCGACACCAGACUGUGCGGAUUUACUGGAGGAGUGCGAAUCAUUACGCAGACAAUGUCCAUUCGACAUGCUCCGCACGUACGUCGGUCACGACUGUGUGCGUUGUUCCUGUCCUCAGCCGGACCCCAAUCGUUGCGAUCCUUUCAUUGUGGAGUGUCAGGCGUUAAAUUGUCCGUAUGGCGUACAAAAUAUUCAAGGAAGCGAUGGAUGUACUAGAUGCCAGUGCAACCCGUCUCCUUGUGAUGGCCAACAAUGCGCGGUUGAUGAGAAGUGCCAAGUCACACGAUACAGGGACCCCAUCUCUCAGGAGAUAAAACAUUUCGCGGAAUGUAGACAAACAAACAAGACAGGUGUAUGUCCAACAAUAAAUUCAAGUGAAGACUGUCAUGAAGAAUGCCACGAUGACUCGGAAUGUAUAGGAGUUGGCAAAUGUUGUGCCACUGGUUGCAGCCAGCGGUGUCUGGUGCCUGAACCCAUACCGGCUACAAGCCCCGCACCUUUAACUACUUUAUACGUGCCUGGAAUACCUCAAGCCCCUGAAGUAAACAGCGAAACAGAAGCAGAAGUACGUGCAACGGAAGGUGGGAAAGCGACCCUACGAUGCCUCUUCCAUGGCAACCCACCACCCAAAAUUACUUGGCGACGAGGAGAAAUCACGAUUGAUGGAGAUGUUGGUCGUUACCGACUCACUGCUGACGGAGCGCUCGAAAUAGUUUCUCUGUACCGCAACGACACUGGAGUUUACAUCUGCAUCGCUCAAAACAGUCUUGGCACGGCCAGGCAAGAGGUUAACUUGCAGGUCGAUGAUCCUGUGGACGAUCCUGCUGGAAUCAGCAAUGUACCAAAUGAGAUCAUUUAUGGAAGCCUGGGAGAACCACUCAAUAUCCGAUGUCUUGCAUUUGGCUACCCUCCACCAUCCAUCUAUUGGUACAAAGGAAAAAGUGGCCCAAUGAUUCCAUACAGCAGCACACUGUAUGAAGCAAGAGGAAAUGUUUUACAAAUUCGUCAGUUAAACGCGGAUACGCUCGGAGAAUAUAUUUGCCAAGCUUAUAAUGGUUUUGGAAAACCAGCUGAAUGGGCCUUUGAAGUGCAAGAACUGACAGCUAAACCUAUUGGAAACUAUAUAGAUCCCCUUUUGUCUCUGCCGUCCCAAGAACCUCAAACUGAAGGAACGACUACACAGGCGCCUAAAAUUGAAGUACCUGUUUAUACUGUACCUGUGACGACGAGGAUAUUAGCUGAAGCGAGCCAAGUGUCUGCUGGGACAGUGAUCACAGUGCCUUGCGAGGUUGACGGAUACCCUGUACCUGUUGUUAGAUGGUCAAAGGAUAAUGUUCCUUUAGAGUCAAGCAAUAGAAUACAGAUCACCGAGGCGCGCCUGACGAUAUCCCACGCGAACACAAAUGACACUGGAGAAUACGCGUGCGAAGCCAGCAACGGUUACAGCUCGCACUCAUCCACAGUUAGGAUUAUUGUUGAAGGAAUGUAUAUCCCGCCGACUUGCAAGGACAAUCCCUACUUCGCCAAUUGUCACCUCAUCGUGCGCAGUAACUACUGCCAUCACAGAUAUUAUUCACGGUUCUGUUGCAAAUCGUGUGUGGAAGCCGGGCAGCUAGUUCCUUCCGAGCUGGAACUGAUGCAGGGUGACGAAUCCUUCAAAAAGAAGUAG